UGUUGAUAGGAGCAUGCAGGAGAUAUUCUUGCUAGCGGCUUGAAGGAAAACUUUCUUUCUAUAUAGCGAGCGGAGAAGACGCGAGGGAAAACGAAGGAAAAGUGUGGGAAGAGAUGCUGGCAAUGGGUGCUAUUCCUUUUCCUCAUCCUCUGACAAACCUGAGGCCUCAAAUCACUGGCUCCCACAACCACAGGUGCUUAUUCUUCAGUUUUGAUUUGAAGAGCAGUAAAAGGGUUUUGGCUUUGAACACUCCCUUUCAAGCUGUUCCAGAGCUUGAUGGCGACGAUGACGAUAGCGCUUGCUCCCAUCUUCCGAACAAGAAUAGUGAAGAUGCUUCGCCAGGCAUUGCAAGUACGGAAAACAUUGCUUCUCCAACACCAUCUACUUUUAGAAAACUGAAAGCACACAAGUUAAAACUUCUAAUGAAAAAGACUUCACAGGUGAAGGACAAGAACUUUAGAGAAACAAUGGCAACUGGGAUGAGGGAGGACAUGAAAAGUUCUGAUGCCUAUGCCAAACAUGGUGAACUUCAGAUCUUGGAUAAUGAAAUUAUACAAGAUGAAUCUCAAAUAUCUUUUCGGAAAAGAGCGGGACCAAAACAUUCAGCACCUGCUGGUUCUUCUGACUCAAGAGGAUGGGGCAAUGUAGGCCACGUUCACAGCCUCAAAUCCAAAUCAACAACUCCUCUGCAAAUGCAGAAAAAAUCUUCUGCUGACAAUGACUUCUUUAGUAGGGAAUCAUUUAAAGAUUUGGGAUGCGGUGACUUUAUGGUUGAAUCUUUGAAGGGGCAGCUUUUCCUACGCCCUUCACAUAUUCAGGCCAUGGCAUUUACACCUGUAAUUGAAGGGAAGAGCUGUGUGAUAGCAGAUCAAAGUGGAUCAGGAAAGACAUUGGCAUAUCUUAUACCUAUAAUUCAACGUCUCAGGCUAGAAGAACUCGAAGGACUUGGUAAACCAUUGUCAAAAAGUCCUCAAGUCCUUAUCAUGGUGCCAACUGCUGAGCUGGCUUCUCAGGUUUUGAAUAAUUGCCGAUCAAUAUCAAAAUUUGGGGUUCCAUUUCGAUCUAUGACUGCAACAGGUGGAUUUUCUCAGAGAACUCAACUGGAAAAUUUAGAACAAGGUGUUGACGUUUUAAUAGUGACGCCUGGACGUUUCAUGUUCUUAGUUAAAGAAGGAUUCUUACAGUUAACAAGUCUUAAAUGUGUUGUGUUGGAUGAGGUAGAUAUACUGUUUAAUGAUGAGGACUUUGAGGUUGCAUUAAAUAGCUUGAUGAAUUCUUCACCAGUUGCCACACAAUAUCUGUUUGUUACUGCAACUUUACCAGUAGAUGUGUAUAACAAGCUUAUUGAGGUCUUUCCUGAUUGUGAAGUAGUCAUGGGCCCUGGUAUGCAUCGCACAAGUAUCAGGCUUGAAGAGGUUCUUGUAGAUUGCAGUGGAGAAGUUGGGACAGAUAGGACACCAGAAACAGCAUUUCUCAAUAAAAAAUCAGCUCUUUUGCAGAUUAUGGAGCAAAGUCCUGUUUCUAAGACAAUUGUUUUUUGUAAUAAGAUCGAGACAUGCAGAAAAGUAGAGAAUGUAUUAAAACGCUUUGACAGAAAAGGAACCAAUAUUCGAGUUCUACCAUUCCAUGCUGCUCUGGCAAAAGAAUCAAGGCUUGAAAACAUGAAGGAGUUCAUGAAUUCUUUUCCAGGAGAAAACUCUCUAUUUUUGGUUUGCACUGAUAGAGCAUCCCGUGGAAUUGAUUUUACUGGAGUGGACCAUGUUAUACUGUUUGAUUUUCCACGUGAUCCAAGUGAAUAUGUUCGUCGUGUUGGAAGAACUGCUAGAGGUGCAACAGGAAGGGGCAAGGCAUUUAUCUUUGUGGUUGGGAAGCAAGUUUCGCUUGCACAGAGGAUAAUCGAGAGAAACAGAAAAGGUCACCCAUUGCAUGAUGUGCCAUCUGCUUAUGAGCUUAUGAGUUAAAAGGUGAAUGCUUGGAUGAAGAAGCUAAUAAUCGAUGUACAUGCUGCCUAAGCUGUCAGAUGAUGACUAUUUUUUCUUAUUUUCUUGUGCCUGGCUCUAUGUUCUUGAUGGCUCAUGUACAUGUCCAACUUCAAGAGCACUGGUUGCACAAGACUAAUACUACGGAGAAUGACAUGGAGAGAAUUUGUGAAGGAAAGGAUGCUUAAGCUGAAAUUCAAAUGUGGAGAAAGUUGGUUAAGAACCAGCUAGUGCAAAUUAUGUCAAGAAAUUUGCAAAUUUCUCCACUUUGUAAGCCACUCCAUUUAGCUCGAUUGUAAUUCAUUAAUUCAGUAGGGAGAAAAAUGCCAAGAAUUCAUCCCUCUAUUUCUCUCUCUCUCUGAAUUUCUUCCCAA